AUGGCCGCUCGUCUCUGUCAGGGGAGUCCCGAACAAAUGUUAGGUCUCAUUUCUAGCAAAGAGUUCUACAGACUGCACCAGUACAUAACCUGUACCAAGGACGCUCUGACUAUCAAGGUCCCCGGCUGCGUUACCAUGGCAACCACCACGUACGCGCACGUGCUCUCGAUAAUGUGCACCGGAAAAAUCGCCACAGAUCUGAUCUAUCAAAAAUUGGUGGAAGCGUCGGCUGAGUGUGUGGGUGCGAGAGGGUCGCUGUUCGCUCAGGCUGUUCAACAAGUACCUCAGAUGUUAGCAGCCAAUGCGG